CAAAACAGCAAAUCAUUCUGUCAUGUUUUCCUUCAAGCGCGAGCUCGACUUCACCGGUUACUGCUUCAUCGUGCCUUCCGUAAGUGUCGGCAAUGUGCCCCAGCUUGCGGUAGACGCACUCGUCGAAACGCUCCAACUCGAACCAAUUGGCCAGCUGUGGCAUCCUGCGCUGAUACCCAUCGUCGGACCGGCCGCAUUCGAACACGCAUCCCAGGACCCGAUCACAACCGCGGCCGAGCUCUACGUGGCGGAAGACAAAAAGCUGCUAGUGCUGCAGAUACGCGCCCCACUGGUGGGCCCUCUGCGCCAGGCGUUCCUGAACGAAUUGGGCGAAUUUGCACGUGAUCGGAAAUUCGCACACGUCCUGCUCCUGUCCAGCUGUUUCUCACACGAAAAAUUCGACAUACGAACCGGACCGUUCCGGUAUGUUGCGAACGAGCUGUACGAUCAGCUGCCCGAUGCGGCACGCCUACAGGACGACCGGUGGACGAAACACACCGGUGGCGUGAUACACGGCGGAGGUUACGCGUCGAAACUACUGCAGGCUCUCACCGAACGUAACGUGCCCGCCCUGGUGUUCUUCAUGUACGUGUCCGAGGGCGAUAAUACGACGGAAGGACUCAUGCUGGCCCGCAUGCUGCACGCCGUCAGUGGAGAGCGGAUUCUGCCCGCGGGAUUGACUGAUUUCCGGUGGCCCAACUCGUGGAAACAUCUCUUCGGCAGCGAACACCCGAAAGCGUUGUACUGAGGAAUAGGCUAGGGAACUCGAAUGAGUUUUUUGAGUUAAUACUGGCGAUAAAGUAUGCGCUAGGCAUCGACCACACUACAAUCUGUAAAUGUUCCCAACUUAAACUAACGAUCGCGACGGAUCGAAGCUAGUUCGUCUAGUUCCAGUAUGAUUAUGUGCUUUGUUUAAAGGUGUUGAAACACACGGCUAACAUGGUUAAAAAAAAGAAGCAUUUACGGGCUCCGUAUGUAUCGAAGUACAAUAGAGAAGAAUGUAAAUGGC